AGUGUCAAGUGCCUAUUUUUCGAGGGCAAAAUGAAGUUAUAUUCGGAUCCAGGAAACCAGCACACUCUGAAAGCAAUAGUUGCUGCUGCAUUAGCAAAUUUGAAGCUAGAUGUUCAAUCUGUGAGCAUUUCAGACUGCAAGGUGUCAUACCUAAGAAGAAGCAGACUUCCAGCUCUUGAGAUAUCACCAACUGAGUUCAUCUUUUCUGCAAACAACAUUUGCAGGUAUGUCCUGACCAACAGUUCAGAGCAAUCUUGGGAGUUGAAAGUUGAAGAAUGGGUUGAAUGGGAGAGCACCCAUUUACAGACUAUACUUGCACCGUACCUGAAUGCGGUCUUUGGAGGAGGAAAAAAGAAUACAGAAUCACUGAAGCUUCCAUUCUCAAAACUGAAUGAUGCACUUGUCAAUAAACAAUACCUAGUAGGAACAAAACUGACAGCAGCUGAUAUCAUAAUAUGGUGUGCCCUGUACCCAGCCAUUGCUGAUAACCCAAGUCUGUGUGCUGAUUACAAGCAUCUUCAAUCCUGGUUCCAGGGCCUUGCAUCACAAGAUAGCUUUCAGAAUGGUGUUGCUACGGUGACAUCAGGGAAGGGUGCAUGUGCCUUCAAGGACUCCAUCUUGUCUCAACAUGUUAAGAUUCCAGUGUCUGAUGCAGGUCAUGGACAACAGGCAGCUAGUAGUCAGGCCUCAGAAGGGCAGGAUGAGAGCAAAAAGGACAUUCCACCUGAAGAAAUAGCAGCAGCUAAGGCAGCUUUCACCAGAGGAAGAAAGUCAUUACCUAAAGUGACUGAGAGAGUUCAUCCUGUACUACCUCAACCAUCUGGGAAGAACAUCCUCAUUACCAGUGCUCUUCCCUAUGUGAAUAAUGUACCUCAUCUAGGAACCAUUAUUGGAUGUGUUCUUAGUGGGGACGUCUUCUCCAGAUUCUGUCGUCUCAGGAACGACAAUACCCUUUACAUCUGUGGCACAGAUGAGUAUGGAACAGCUACAGAAACCAAGGCAUUAGAAGAAGGUAUGACACCACAGCAGAUAUGUGACAAAUACCAUGCACUUCAUAGAGACAUCUACAAGUGGUUUAAUAUCGACUUUGACUUCUUCGGUAGAACCACAACACAGAAGCAAACAGAGAUUGCUCAGGAUAUCUUUUUCCGUCUUCAUGCCAACAAUCAUAUUCUAGAGGAUACAGUAGAACAGCUCCUGUGUCAGAAGUGCAAUCGCUUCCUUGCUGAUCGCUUUGUAGAAGGAAUCUGUCCACUCUGUACUUAUGAAGAUGCGAGGGGAGACCAGUGUGAUAAAUGUGGAAAGCUCAUCAAUGCAACAGACCUCAAAAAACCUAGAUGUAAAGUGUGCAGUGCUACUCCUGUCAUUAAGAGUUCAAAGCAUCUGUUUGUAGACCUACCCAAACUGGAACCCGCCCUCAAGGCGUUCUUACAGAAGUCUACAUCUGAAGGAAACUGGUCUUCUAAUGCCAAGCUCAUUACAAACUCAUGGGUGAGGGAUGGACUAAAACCAAGGUGCAUUACCCGUGAUUUGAAGUGGGGUACACCUGUUCCAUUGGAAGGAUACACAGAUAAGGUGUUUUAUGUAUGGUUUGAUGCUCCAAUUGGCUAUCCAUCCAUCACAGCAAAUUACACUGAUCAAUGGGAAAAAUGGUGGAAAAACCCACAACAGGUUGAACUAUACAACUUCAUGGCCAAAGACAAUGUGCCAUUCCAUAGUGUGAUAUUUCCUAGCUGUUUGAUAGGUGCUGAUGAUAACUACACCAAGGUCAAUCAUUUAAUAGCAACAGAAUACCUAAACUAUGAAGACACCAAGUUUUCCAAGAGCCGUGGUAUCGGUGUGUUUGGUGACAAUGCCCAGUCAACAGGUAUCCCAGCAGAUAUCUGGCGGUUCUAUCUCCUUUACAUCAGACCAGAGUCUCAAGAUAGUGCCUUCAGCUGGGCAGACUUUGUCUGGAAGAACAACAGUGAACUUCUUAACAACCUUGGUAACUUCAUCAACAGAGGAUUAACAUUCCUAGAGAAGAGUUUUGAUAGUGAAAUUCCUGAGAUAAGAUUAGAGAGUGAAGAUGAGAGAUUGAUUGCAGAGAUCAACCGAGAGCUAAAGAGCUACAUUGCAUUGCAAGAGAAAGUCAAAAUCCGUGAUGCCUUGAAGCACAUUCUCAAUAUAUCUCGUCUUGGUAAUCAACAUAUUCAAGCAAACAAACCAUGGGUUCUAGUCAAAGGAAAUCCUCAAGAAAAAGUCCGUGCUGGUACCGUGAUAGGUCUGGCAGCUAACAUAUCCUGCCUCCUCUCAGUCAUGCUACAACCGUUCAUGCCAGAGACAAGUGCCACCAUCAAAGCCCAGCUCCAGGCUCCUGAUGAAUGCUAUGUCCUUGGUGAGGACUUUGUUUGUUACCUGGACAAGGGACAUAGGAUAGGCAAGCCAAGUCCACUUUUCUCUAAGAUUGAACCGGCUCAGGCUGAAGAAUUCAAAAAGAGAUUUGCUGGGAAACAAGAAAAGGUUGGAAGUGCUUCUAAGCCCAGUGGAGGAUCAAGUGCCCCGGCCUCAGCCCCGGCCCCGGCAGCACCCUCUCCUAGCAACCAGGCUGCUCCAGCUGGACCCCAGGAAGUAGAGAGACUAACUGCAGAGGUUACAGCUCAGGGAGAAAAAGUUCGGAAAUUGAAAGGCGAGAAGGCUGAUAAGACAGUGGUGGAUGCAGAGGUCAAGCUUUUACUUGAUUUCAAACGAAAAUUAGCAAUUGCAUCUGGUCAGGAUCCUGAUGCUACUACUAAGUCAAAGGGAAAAAAUAAAAAGAAAAGUGGAAAAAAGUAGAGAAAUGAAGAGUAAGCUGAUUCAAAAGUGUAAUUUACUUAUGCAACAUUGUCAAUAAGACAUCAGGAUAUGUGAUUCUUAUAGAUUAUGCUGUUACUUAUAAUUCUCAAGCAGUCUAUUUAUUAGAUAGUCAAUGUUUCAUGAGUCAUUAUAAAUUACAGUUUCUUCAUGGGUUUUAUGGACCCUAUUACAUAAAGGAGUAUAAGAACAAUAAAUUGUUCACAAUACUUGUUAUUGGUUAACAUUUUAACAAUUUCUAUUCCUGUAAUAAAAUUUCAUACUAAUAUUGAUUCAAUAUUUCCAAAUGAUAUCAUUCUGUUUUUCACUUCUGGUUCUUGUAAUGGUUAUUUUAAUUUACAUUUUAUCUGGGCCAAUGUAUAAAACAAUAGUGCACGAUGUUUAUAAAUAAUUUCAUUCAACUACCCAUUUAAGAUUUUCUUUCCCGUGUUUCAUUUAUGCUAUAUUGUCAGAUUCAGGGUGUCACUUUUAGCAAAUAAAAAUUUAUCUGCAUAUAUAUCUCAUGUUGAAUUCAAUUCUGUGUAAAUGCUCACAGUAUUUCCUUAUAUACUUUCUUCAAAAUUUUAAACAUUUUCUCCCUUUCAUCAUUUUAUGUAAAAUGUAUAUUUGUAUUUUCUAGUAUGUUCAGGGUGCUUUUCUUUUUUCCAUUUUAGAUAUUUAUAAGAUUAAAUAAUGGAUCCACAUCAAAUAAUUGGUUAUUUGCAUGGCUGCAUGCACUUGAUUUGGUAUUCAUUAUGCCCAUUCAUUUUUGCAAAUCUACUUAAAUUGGGUGAUGAGCAGUCAUGAAUAUAUGAUUAUAACUGAUUUGGUUUUGAAAUGAGAAUGGCUUAUUAAAUCACAAUGCACCACAUCAUCUUAUAAAACAAAAAGAGAACUCAUCAUAUGUUAUGGGCAUUAGUAUAAUUAUCCAACCUCUCUCUUUUGAAAUUGUCUAAACACCCUUGGCUAUGCCUUAGUGUGUUAGAAUUGUUUAAUAGGUUCCUGCCAAUUUACACAGUACCUGAACAUAAAAUACAUUACAUUUUCCUUACAAAUUCAAUUGAGGAGGGCAGAAUAUAUCAAAUUUUCCAACAGUUUCCUUCCUGCAUUUUUAUGUAUUGUGACUUUUUUUCUUGACAUAUUCAAUCCAGAAUGUUAAUGACUUUUUAGGCUGUUGGCUUGGGGUAUGCUUUAUGUAGAGGAAAGUGUCUAUGUAAAGAAGUGGAUAUAUUUUUUAAUGGAAGAUAUGCGAAAUAAGCUAAAAUAAUGAAACUAAGAGAUACUCCUUUAAAUACAGUUACUUAAUCUUGCAUACAUGCAGUCUGUAUUUAGAUAGAAGAUAUCCAGUACUAGCACAUGAAAGUUCUUUUGCCCAAAUUCACUGGUUUAAUCCAGACCAAGUUUUUUUAAAUGCAUUUGAAUAAAAAUUUAAAGAGUUCACAUGGCCUAUUCAUGCUCCUGAUGAAAAUAUGCAAUUGGAUCAACUUCAUUGUACACAAAUGCUUUAAAACACCAUUAGGGGGUUCAAAGCUCCACUGUGAAUUUGUGAUCACUCAUAUGUUAUUAAAUCAAUGCUGGAAGGCAACAGUUAAUUUAUCCAAUCUCAUGUGUCUACAGGAGCGCGUUUCAACAACAUUUUUGUCCAGCAAGUUGUCGGGUCUGACAACUUUCCUUGAUUAUGAUUGGCUGAGAGGCACUGUUACCAUAGUAACUGUCGGCUAAAACACUACUUGUCUGAUAUAACGUCUGACAAGUCCUUUCAUGAAACGUUCCUUAGGUGAUAUCAAGAAUGUUACCAAUCAAUGCGAACAUAUGAUUUUGAAUUUCUUACUAUAUUAGGAGAUGAUUAUACCAAGAGCUUCAGUACGUGUCUAUACAUUGGUUGUUCUACUGAGCUAUGUUGGCUACAGUCACAGUCUGGGAAUGAUGGUAAAAUGUCAGAAAUUGUGAAAUAAAUCCCCAGAAAAGACAGUUAUUCCUGUCUAGUGGAUGGUAACCCUAUGUUGUCAUUGCUAUUCCAUAUACUUUGUGGUAAUGAUAUAUGUCAUUUUAUCAUUCCUGCAAAAUAUAUUUGAAACUAAAUUUUUAUCAGGAAAAUGCUGAUUGGGGGGGGGGACAUUUUAUGGUUCAGAUCAUGGAAUCAGACUGACAGGAAAUAAUUUUUAAAAUGCUAACAUUUGAAUGUAUUCAUACAGUGUAUCCACCUGAUGGACUUAUUUGUUUGACUGCAAUAAAUUUAAAAGUCAUUUAUAUAACAUCUACAAGCCAA